GAAGGAGAAGGAGAAGAAGAGAUGGGAGUCAUGGGACUCUACACUUACUGCAUAGCAGGAGGGGCCUUCGUGGUAAUCGGCGCCUGGGAGGCGCUUGUCUCAGCCCAUGCGCACCUGAACCCCUCUUCUUCUUCCCUUUCUUCACAUGAGCAAGGCACAUCAACUACGACAACGACGACAGGAAGAACGACCAGAAGAAAAACCAAGAAAUCAUCUCUCUCCUCUGUUAGAUUCAUAGCUAUUUCCACUCUCUCUUUUUUCUUCAUCCUCAACGCUCUGUUCUCCUUAUUCGACGCCAUUCGCACCAACGAUAGAAUCGGCUUCGUUGUUCAGCUGGAGAUUGCAUCCAUCGCAUCCCUUUUCUUUCUCUAUUCAGCCGCUGGUGUUUUGAUCCACUUCUCAGAUUCAAUUUCGUUACCUUCAUCGCUUAUCAACUUGAUUGCCCUUAUCGCGUUCGGUCAAGAGUUUCUCUUCUUCUAUCUUCAGAGGAAAGACCCAUCUGGAAUCGAGAAUCGUUACUUCAAUUUGUUGCUCCUUCCUAUUGGAGUUUGCUUUCUCACCACCCUUCACGAAUUGGCUCUCCCCAAAUCCAUAUUCCCUAAAGUGGCUCGAGGGGUUGCUUUGAUUCUGCAGGGCACAUGGUUUGUCCAGAUGGGUUUCUCUUUCUUUACCUUUUUGAUGGUGCAGGGCUGCUCGUUAAUUGAAAAGAGUCGAGCGAAUUACACGGUGAACUGCAACGGGCACACAGAGUAUCACAGGGGAGGAGCGAUCGCAACUCUUCAGUUCAAUUGCCAUCUUGCGUUUAUCGUGGUUUUGGUUGUUGGGGCAUACUCAAUUCUUGCUGGAAAAUAUGGAAUUCGUGCUGAUUAUACGACCUAUAAGCCUCUCGGUGCGGAAUUGCAGAAGGUGGAUGAUUACUCUCGGUUCACUUUGGAUUAUGAUGGUGAUGACGACGAGGAGAUUAAAGAGGAAAAUAGUACGGAGAAGCAGAAGGCUUCCGUCAUUGUUUCCGAAACGGUUGUCAAUGGUUUCAGUGCUCAUUAGUAAGGUGUUCUUGCGCCAUCUUUUUGCAGAAUGAGAGAUUUCAAAAUUCUUUUGUCAUGCGUAAUCCCUAUAGAAUUUUCUCCACUUUCAUCUUCUCUGUAUAAAUGAAUUAAUCAUAAAGUUUUGCCUGUUGGCUUACAUACAAACACUUUUUUGUUACGAUGUGUACAACCAUUUGUUAAAUGCAUAGUCAACAUCGGUUGCAGCUUUUGCUUUUUUA